AUGCUCUCAGCAGUUUGGCUCUUCUCGGUUCUGCCGGGUUACGGAGCGCUCGCUCAAGCGGUAGCGUGCAGCGGUUCCCCUUCAAGACUGCAUAUCCCGGACCAGCAGUACGACAACUACUUCCUGUCCGACUGCCACUCGAGCGCCCAUGUGGUUGUCACGAACCCGCUCGCUGCUGCCAACCCGGCCCAGGCUGUCGCCCGGCUGCUGGUAGCAUGGCCCGCCGGCAACAGUGGCGCCGCCGCCUUCUUCAGUCCCGAGAAUGGCACAGCCAGCACGCUGGGGUUGCACCUGGAGAACUCGACGUCAUCGGGGGAGGCGCUGGAUCCCGUGUAUGAGCCGGCACAGGGAAACGGCAAUCCCCGCGUCGGCGUCGCCGGCCAGGUCCACUUUGACUCGCCCGCCGUCCUCACGCUGUCCAUCCUCGGGAGCAUCAGGAACAUCCGAGACUACACCGAGGGCGGCGGCGUGCUCAAUAACGACAUCCAGAACGCCAUCCAAGCGACCAAAUACGGCAAUAGUGGCGCGACGGUGUCGCGGAUGUGGUUCGAUAACACGACGACUACGUGGCUGGACUUCGCGCCAUCGGACGCCUCUGAUCCGGUCCAGAUCGUCCCGGGCGGCGGCGCGAGACUUCGCUUUGGAAACGGCACUUACAGCUUCAGGGCCAGCUUCAACUACCCGCAGCUACAGCAGCUGAGCCCGGAGCAGGUCUUGAACAACGCGUCUCAGGGCUUGGUCGCGCAAAACCAGGACCAGACGACGUCGCUCUCGUUCCUCUCGUACAAGGAGAAGCUGCUCGCAGGGACGUGGCGCUUCUUAACCUACUUCGGCCGCGACACCCUCAUCACGGCGCUGCUUAUGCAGCCCGUGCUCAGCGAAGGCCAGGGCGGUGCCAUGGAAGCCGUCAUCUCGGCCGCCCUGGAGCGCAUCAACCAGACGGACGGCACUGUCUGCCACGAAGAGGUCAUCGGCGACUUCGCCACGCUCACGAACCUUGAGAACGGGGUCGCCUCAAACGCGCCGUCGUGCGACUACAAGAUGAUCGACACGGACUACUACCUGCCCAUCGUCAUGAAGAACUACUUUGUGGACUCUGACACGGGGCGACGGCGCGCAUCCGACUUUCUCGCCACCAAGGCCUCGUUUCUUCCGGGCAAUGCGGGGCUCACGUACUUGGAGCUGGCCCAGCGCACGGCCGAGAAGAUCAUGAGGCUCGCUGCGCCGUUCGCGGCCCCGGGCGGCCAGACCGUCGACAAUCUCAUGCAUCUCAACCCGGGUGUCCCCGUAGGCGAGUGGCGCGACUCCAACAACGGCCUCGGCGGCGGCAGGAUACCCUUCGACGUGAACACGGCGCUGAUGCCUGCCGCGCUCCGCGCCAUCGCCGCCCUGAGCCGUGCCGGCUUCUUCUCCACCCACCCCGACUGGAAAGACGCCGCGGACCGCUACGCCCAGGUGUGGGAGGACGAAACGCUCCAGUUCUUCCGCGUCUCGCUCACCCAGGCCGACGCUCGGAACCUCCUCAACGACUACGUCAGCAGCGGCGCCUUCGCGGGGCCAUCCAACGCCGCCAACAUCACGCGCGACGGCGUCGUCUUCUACGGCCUCGCCCUCCGCGGCGACACCACCACCACCACUAGCAACCAGCCCAACCAGCCCGACGCCAACAUCAUCCGCGCGAUGCACACAGACGACAGCUUCCGGCACUUCCUGCUCAACACGACGGACCAGGCGCAGCUGAGCGCCUUCCUGUCGCAGACGGCCGACCACAUCCUGGCGCCGUUCCCCGCGGGGCUGGCCACGUCGGUCGGGCUGGUCGUCGCCAACCCGGCGUACUACGGCGCCGACCCCGCCGCGGCGCUGUGGACCACGUCCGACUACCACGGCACCGUCGUCUGGAGCUGGCCGCAGGCCAUGAUGGCGGCCGGCUUGGGGCGGCAGCUCGGGCGUGGCACGAGCAGCGGUAAGGGGAAGGGGGACGAUGACCACGGCGAGGAGGAACCGGCGUUCUGCCGCGACAAGCCGCUGCGCGAGAAGGUGCGGGCCGCGUACCAUCGGCUGUGGGACCUGAUCGAGGCGAACGCGGCGCAGAGCAGCGAGGAGAUGUGGACGUGGCGGUGGGAUCCCCAGAGCGGGUUCGUGGCGGUGCCGUUCAGCGACGUGUCGAGCACCGAGAGCGAUGUGCGGCAGCUGUGGAGCUUGGCGUUUCUCGCGGUCCGGAGGGAAGACCUUUAG